AUGGUCGAUGCUGCCAAAAAGGAGUGUGAAAAUGCAACAACAGUGUUUGAGAACUUUGAACUUUUGGGAUUCCCCUACCCUGAAGACCUGAAAUUCCUGUUUGUCUUCUUCUUCCUCCUCAUGUAUAUACUGUCCCUUUCGGGCAAUAGCUUGAUCCUCUUAGUGGUGGCUCAGGAACCUCAGUUGCACAAGCCAAUGUACUGGUUCCUCUGUCACUUGUCCAUGAUGGACAUGAUGGUUUCCUCUGUGACGUUGCCCAAACUGAUCACAUGGCUGGUAAUGGACAAUGGGGUCAUCUCCUUUGCAGGCUGCGUCACCCAGCUUUUCUUCUUCCACUUCCUGGGCUGCACGGAAUGCUUCCUGUACACCGUGAUGGCCCUUGACCGCUUCAUAGCCAUCUGUAAACCCCUGCACUAUGGCACUAUCAUGACCUACCAAGUUUCCUUCUGCCUUGCAGUUGGUUCCUGGUUUGGAGGUUCCAUCCACGGUGCGAUACAUUCCUCCCUUACCUCCCACUUGCCAUAUGGAUGGAGAAACCAGGUGAACUAUGUAUUAUGUGACAUCCCUGCUUUGCUGAAGUUGGCCUGUGCAGACACAUCCCUCAACGAGAUGGUGACCUUGAUUGACAUUGGGUUUGUAGCUAUGGCCUGUUUCCUCUUGAUUGUGACAUCCUAUAUAUAUAUUGUCUCUGCCAUCCUGAGGAUUCCCACUUCUAAAGGGAGACGGCGUGCCUUCUCCACUUGCACUGCCCACAUCACCUUGGUGGUAAUAUAUUAUGUUCCUGUGGUAUACAACUAUGUGCGUCCACCAUCUCAGGACUCCUUUGAUGGAGUGGUGGUCAUGUUCUAUGCUGCAGCGACUCCCUUCUUAAAUCCCCUCAUAUACACACUGAGGAAUAAGGAGAUGAAAGAUGGCGUACAUAAAUUAUGCAGGCAGCCUUCCUUUGCCCCACCGCCCUGGCCAGAUGCCCACCUGGCUGGGCCUGCCACUGGCCCGGGGGGGGGAGAACACAGCCGGGCAAGCGGCUGCAGGCAAAGACCUGCCCACUGCUCUCUGUCUGCGCAGCGCCUGCAAAAGCAAAGGGCCGCCGCAGAAGAGGCCCACACGCGUGCUUCCCUCCCUCCCUCCGGGGACAGUCGGCGCUCCACCACCAGGGCGCGGAAGAGCCCCCAGCCAGCCGGGCUGAGACGGGAAGGGAAGCUGCGUGGCCGCCACCAGACAGAAAAGGGCUCCGAGAGGGAGUGCCCAGCUCCAGCCCACCCCUCCGGCGCAAGACCUCGGUCGGCAGCCAACCCAGCCAGAGGCCCACUCGCGCUCGGCUCGUCUUGUCUCGGGCAGUAUGAUAGUAGAAAUCAGAGAAUAGAUUCAGAGUGCCAGGCUGAAAAUCCAGAAAUCCAGCUUUUCUCAUAUAAAGUCAUAUUCCAUCUUUGA